GGGCUCAUUAUUCAAGUUUAUCAUUGGACUUAUAUCUACUUUCGUUUUGAUGUUUGACUCAUAAAUGUGAAAUAAAUCCUUUGUUUCAUUGGUGUACUCUAAAGGUUCUGUUCUGUUUUACAUAUGAGUAUAUAGUGUAUGUUAUCCUUGCUUCUUCCGGUGGUCUUUUAAUCUACAGUGAUGCUUGAGAAGAAAUAUUUCCGGAAUGAACUAUAGCCUUCUUUUCCUCCUUUUAUUUUACAAGGUGUUUAUCUCUUAUGGUGUGGAAUGUCCAGGGAACUCUGACAAAUAUAUAUUGCGGGAUGGAAAACUUUGUCAAAAAAUCUACAACUGUGAUCCAGGUAAUGAAAUAAUUGCCUGCAAAGAUAAUUGUUCACCAGAAGAGUGCCACCAAUGUUCUAUAGGAAAAGUUCAACCAUUUCAAAUACACUCCACUACCGAGCCAGAAACAUACAGGAAAUGUUUCAUGCCCCUAAAAGAAUGUAGGAAUAGAGAGCUGGUCCCCAUUCGAAAUGGAACUGCUACCCCUGGAUGUUCCAAGGCGGAUGCGUGUCAGUGCGACUUAGCCAAUUGUUGGUUUGGCCGCAAUCCAUGUAGCUGCAAUAAAUACAAGCAGUGUCUCGAAGAUGAAUAUCUAGUUCCUGUUAAUGAUGGAGAGUCUGCAAGUUGUAAGAAGUGUCCAAAAGGCACAAGGAAAAGAGAGACAGGCUGUGGGCCGUGCCAACUGAUUGAUUCACUUAACCAGAGUAUGACGACCGCUUCGCCAGCUAUUGCUAUUUCUGUUACCUCUGAAAUAUCCAGUUUGCCUUCCAACGUUAGUAAUACUGCAGACACUUCUAGGAGUUUGCAUGUACUAUGGACAGCAAUUAGCGUUGGAUUGACCGUUGUUAUUAUUGUUGUGUUGGUUCUAGUCAUCUAUUUAAGAAGAAAAUGCCGUUUUAGUGGCACACCUAAACAAAGAAACAUUAGUGAUGAGGAAAACCUUAAUGGCGCGGAAGACAAUCAAAAAGACGAUGACACGGAACAUGUUAUUCCGAUCGAAAGGCCACUUAUCGUGUGUGCUUCUACAGAAGAAGACUUGACCGGUAACACUCCAAAGUCACCAAUUGUUUCUGAAACCGAGCAACCAGUGGCGUUCCAUCCAUGUGAUCCGCGAGCAUUACGACAACGACAUUUUAACGAUCGGGAUUCGUCGAUGGAAGAUGAUUCAUACACCACUAAUUAUCCGGAAACAACAGAAAGCUCUGAAGAGACGAAUUUCUCAAAUCAACAAUCUUAUACGGAAACUCCACUAGUGGAUACUAUCGAAAGAAGUGAAGGUGUUGACUACUUAUUGAAUAAAUUAAACGUGGACAAUAGUGAAGUAAAACAACCAGUGCAAUGUGAGGAAGAGGCAUUAAGUUCACAGACUUCACAGAAACUUCCACACAGUGAUUUCACUCAUCAGAAGGAGAUGUGUGAUUGGGGUUUACAGAGUUUAACUGAGGAAAAGUUGUUGUGCUCUACUCAGAUUUCGGACAAGACUCACCUUAAACAUCACAUUGACUCUCUCCUUGAAGAUACUCAACAGAAGGAGAAAACCUCUUGACGUUAGAGGAGGAUGUGUUUCUAUUAGAAGAUAGAAUUCUAAUUUUAUAACUUUUUCUAAACCAUUAUGUUUUUCCAUUCACUAUAGUUUGUUAAUAUUAUCGCCAACAGUGGUCUAGUCUAGUUAAACUCUGCGAUAUGUAAAUCACAUAUUCCAAAUGGACACAUCUUCCUGUAACGAAAAAGAUAAAAAUAACAAUUUGAAGUCUGAUGAAGAACAUAGGCAAGCAGUGUCUGAAUUUUCAUUUGGAUUUUUAAUACUGUACUAUGUUUAUUAAAUUUGUAUUUGAUACAUGAAAGGGUUUAUACUUAGUAAUCACGUGCGUACAAAAUAUAUUUAGGACAAUACUUCAAUUGAAAUCUUGCGCCCAGGAUCAUGAAAAAGACAAAACGGAAAGGAUUUUCUUUUUGGACUGCCUAUAAACUUCUAAAUAAUUUCAGCACCAUAGUUAAUUUUUGACUUUAAAUGCCUAAACUGCUUUAUUAUCCCGGAGACUCAAGGCAGAAACUUUUAACUUACUUGAAGAUCAACCAUGGGAUGCAAUGCGUUUAAGUCAGAAUUGGUUUUGCACAUAAUCAACGAUAAAUACGUGUCUCGUGUAUAUAAUUAGCUUUCAAACCCAGAAGGAAUCCUCUUUGGCUCGGUUUAGGACCAUAAUGAAAGGAAUCAUUGGACAUUUAUUAAUUUUGUCAAGUUUCAGGAAAAUGAUUCGAGUUAUCAUUGUGAAAAAGUCUGGCCAUUGUUCUUAGAUAAAGAAUAAUUGUCAUUACCACAGAAACAUUCUUCUUCUUGCAGAAACUUGAUAUUAAUAACGAUAUUACUUAUUUAUAUGUCAAGUAUGUUUAAAUAAAUUCCAUUUCUAUAAAUUGGUGAAUUUACUUUUCUUUAUUUUUGUAGAAGUGUUACAUAAUGUCAUCUUUUUUCUCUAAGUACAGAGCUUCAAAGCAGCAGAUUGUUUAACAAGUUGAUUUAAAGCAAGUUGUAUGUCUGCUAAAUGACACUUUUAAACUCGUUUUGAAAUUUUGGAAUAAGAAUAAGAUUAAUAUAUUUUUUUAA